AUGGCUCAAGGCGCUAUCAAACCCAGGAAAGCCUCCGCCGCCCCCGCGUCCGCGGGAAGGAAAGCCAAGCCCCAACCUUCGAAGAAAGGCACGCGCGUGACGAAAGCGAAGAAGGGCUCUGCCGCGGAUAAGAUGCAGAAGAAGUUCGCGGCGGGUAUGGUUGCUAAGACGGAGAAACUACUCGGUGAGAGGGCGGGACACCUGGAGUUGAUUGGGAAGGGGAGGUUAAAGGGUGCGGAUAAGGACGAGGCUGCGAAGAAGAAGGGUGGGAGUCGGAAUUCAAUUGAUAGGCAUAUCACGCCGCAUCUCUUCCAGGAGGCAUACCUCAUCUACCAGGUUAGCCAUGUUUUUAUACGCGAAGAAGAAACGGCCCUCAUUCAUUACCCAAGAUCUUUCUGA